GAUUGGCGUACAGGUUUUCUUUUAUUUGUUUGAAAUUUGGACUCCUGAACUGACAACUCCAUAUGGCAUCCCGAUUUAGUUAGUAGUUUGACUUCAGUUUGACUUGACUUGCUCAACGGGUCAGAUAAUACUUACAACUUACAAGUAUCAUAUGACAGUUGUAAUUUGGUGAACUAACAGUGUCAUCUUGAAAACUCCGUAUUUUGAACAAUGAGUCCUUGUCUCCUUGUAGGUCUAUAAAUUAAUUUCUGUUUUGCUGUGAUUGCUUGCUCCUUUUAUUCUAUUACUAAAUAACAAUGACUGAACAUAUAAGCCGGUCAAAACACGUCUCUUUAGAGCAGUUAAAAUCUCUACUAGAUUUCAUGGGACAACAUAUUGAAUUUGCCACUGGUAAUUGCCGUUCUUUAGAAGCUCGAGAUACAUCGAAACGUUUGUGGGACGAGUUAACAAAAACCUUGAACAACUGCCAAACGGGCACUAAGAAGACUUCAGAUGGAUGGAGUAAGUACUGGAGUGAUUUCAAGAAUAAACUAAAAAACAAAUUUACCAUAUUAAAUAAGAGAAAGGGGUCAAUGUCAAAGAAAGAUAUAAGCCCAUUAAGUAAACUGGAAAAAAGAGCUCUUGUGAUACUGGAAGCUCAUUUUGAGAAGAAGAAGGAUAGAAGAAAUAGUGAAUUCGCUAACAAUGCAAUAUCUAGUCAAAUACCACCAGAGGUUAAGAUAGAAUCUUAUCAAGAUGGUUUUAGUGAGUACAGUAAAGCUCAAAGUGAAACUAGUGAUAGACUUUCAGACGGGGAUAAAGUUGAUUGUAUAGACUCAAAUAAUGAAUUUGAAGACAAUGAAGACUCUGACCAAAAUUCAAAUGAACCUCUUAUACAUAAUCUCUACCCAAAAUGGUUGAUUGAAGUUGAGAAAAAACGCGCAGAGGCUGAACUGAUACGAGCAAGAGCUGAAGAGCAUAGAGCCAGUGUGUUCACCAAAAGUGCUGAGGCAAUGUUUCUGCAGGCAGAGGCUCUGAGGCGCUUGUCUGAAGCUGCCACCACCCAAGCUGAAGCCAUCACACGGAUAGCUAUAGCGUUGGAGAAUAGACAUAGGGACAAUAUGUCAAUAUGAUUCAUGAUCUCUUACAUGUUAUGGGUUCUGUGGAUUCCUGCUUUGGUGCGAUGUUAGAUGGCAUUCUAUUUCCUGCGCACGCGCAGCACACAUUGGUCUGAAGUGAAUAUGCCACCUACAUUGUAGGUUGACGUCGAGUGGUUAACUCGUUAGCCCCGGUGUCGAUGCUCCAGACGCAAGGAUACAAUAUUUCUUUCAAAGAUUUAUGUAUGGUAUAGUUCGACAAGGAUCUUCUGAGAGUCGGGAAAUAUAUGAACUAACUAUGUCAUUUCGACAGCGUCAUAUUUUAACCAAUGAAGAAGCAGCUGCUAUAGGUUUGAUGUCACCUAUUUUAUGUUUUUGAAAUUCCCAAAAAUAAUAAUAAUUAUAAA